CAAAAUGGCGGCGCCGGCCGCCAUAAAAAGCCGGGAAAGGAGGGAGGGGACCCGGCCCGCGCCCGGAGGGGUUGCUAUGGCGACGGCCGUAAUCAAAGCCGCGGCCUAAAGCUAGAAGAGGACGGGGGACCAGAUUAGAGGUUGCAAGAGACCCAGGUUUUCGCCCGACAAUAAUGGAGCCUCCCGCGCGAUGAGGAAAUUUCAGCCGCAACGAACGUCGCCGAGAAAGAGGCAAAUGUCACCCUCUCGCACCCGGAGCCCGAUGUCUGCCGUGAGUUCAAGCAGCCGGUCGCCGUCUCCACUUGGCCGGCAAAGAACGCCAGCUCCUUAUCGGACGACAGGGCGAGGGUGCCAAGGAGACGCCGCGGAAGGAAAUGAAACUGGAAUCGCCUCCGAAGAUCCAGCGGCUCUAGGUGACAACUGUAUCAGUCCAGGUGUCAGAUACAUCACGGAACCUCUUAUUAAGAAGCUGUCCAAACAGGAAAAUCUGAUGCAAGUAACUGCUUUGAACCUUUGCCUCGCUAAAGAUGGUGGAAAGAAGUUUAAGUACAUAGAAAAUCUGGAAAAGUGUGACAAGUUAGAAGUCCUUAAUCUCAGCUGCAACCUUGUUGAGAAGAUUGAAAAACUGGACAAACUUUUGAAGUUGUGUGACCUCAAUCUGUCGUUCAACAGAAUAAGUAAAAUAGAAGGCAUUGAACAUCUACACAACCUGCAGAAGUUGAACCUGGCUGGGAAUCAGAUUGAGCACAUCCCGGUUUGGGUGGGGAAAAAACUCAGGUCCCUCCGCACGCUGAAUCUGAGAAAGAACAAAAUAGCAUCACUUCAAGAAGUAGCUAAACUGAAGCCUCUCAAAGAUUUGACUUCUCUGUUCCUGGGAGACAAUCCUGUUGCCAACCUGCCCCAUUACCGUCUCUACACCAUUUUCCAUUUGCGGUCACUGGAGGAUCUUGACGGGCAACAAGUGACCAAUCGGGACAGAGAGGAGGCUCACGAGAGGUUUAAUUUAGGUAAAUUUGUCAGCUACUUCAACGGACCGGCGUGGAGUCCCGUCUUUCAGUUUCUGCCCACUGAAUGA